AUGCGGAAGAGGCGUGAAACCGCGCCAGUAACAUCGAAAGCGUCUAACAGUGGUGAUGCAAGUGAAAAAAAGUCUAGUAAUAAUGCUGAAAUUCGAACCAAUGUUGUUGUUGGAAGCUCAAAGAGGUCUUCAAUUGCAUGGAUGGCCUUGUUCUUUGUCAUUGCUUAUUCGUGUUCAGCUAUUUAUCAGUACCAGUUUCAGAAUAUGCCUCUGCCUCUUACAGCAGAACAGGCGGGAAAGAGGGGUUUCUCUGAGAUUGAAGCAUUCAGCCAUGUUAAGGCUUUGACUGAGGUUGGCCCUCAUCCUGUUGGUUCUGAAGCUCUGCAUCAAGCCUUGCAGUAUGUUUUGACAGCAUGCAAAACUAUUAAAAAAACAGCGCAUUGGGAGGUGGACGUUGAAGUGGAUUUUUUUCAUGUAGAAUCUGGUGCAAAUCGUCAAGUAAGUGGCUUAUUCGCGGGGAGAUCACUUGUUUAUUCAGAUCUGGACCAUGUCGCUUUAAGAAUCUUGCCAAAAUAUCUAUCUGAUGCAAGAGAAGAAACCAUCCUUGUCUCAUCUCAUAUUGAUACUGUUUUUUCAACUGAAGGGGCUGGAGAUUGCAGUUCAUGUGUAGGUGUUAUGCUUGAACUUGCUCGUGGAAUUUCUCAAUGGGCUCAUGGAUUGAAGAAAGGUGUUAUAUUCUUAUUUAAUACCGGUGAGGAGGAGGGUCUUAAUGGUGCUCAUAGCUUCAUAACCCAGCACCCUUGGAGUAAAACUGUUCGUAUGGCUAUUGAUCUAGAGGCCAUGGGAAUUGGAGGGAAGUCUAGUAUUUUUCAGGCUGGUCCUCAUCCAGGGGCUAUUGAAAGCUUUGCUUCAGUAGCAAAAUACCCAUCUGGUCAAACUGUUUCACAGGAUCUUUUUACUUCAGGGGUCAUAAAAUCUGCAACAGAUUUCCAAGUGUACAAAGAGGUUGCUGGCCUCUCUGGGCUUGAUUUUGCAUAUGUAGAUAAUACUGCUGUAUAUCAUACCAAGAAUGACAAAUUAGAGCUUUUAAAGAAAGGAUCUCUUCAACAUCUGGGGGAGAAUAUGCUUGCUUUCUUGCUUCAUAUUGGUGCAUCUUCUCAUUUUCCAGAAGAGAGCUCAACAGAAUCAAAGGAAGAUAUGAGCAACAACAAAGCCAUAUAUUUUGACAUUUUGGGAACAUAUAUGGUUGUAUACCGUCAAAAGUUUGCUAAUUUGCUUCACAAUUCAGUGAUAAUGCAAUCACUUUUAAUAUGGGUUACAUCAUUGUUUAUGGGUGGUAUACCAGCUGCGGUUUCAUUGGCUUUGUCAUGUUUGGGUGUUCUCUUCAUGUGGCUGUUUUCCUUAGGUUUUUCUGUUCCUGUUGCCUUUCUUCUACCUUUGAUAUCUUCAUCACCAGUGCCAUAUGUUUCUAGCCCGUGGUUGGUGGUUGGGUUAUUCGGUGCACCAGCUAUUUUGGGAGCAUUGACUGGUCAACAUUUGGGUUAUCUUCUAUUUCAAAAAUUCCUUUUGAAUGUGCAUUCUAAGAGAAGGCAAUUUCCCCCCAUUGUUCAGGCUGAACUGGUCAAGCUGGAGGCUGAAAGAUGGCUCUAUAAAGCUGGAUCCUUUCAGUGGCUUAUCCUUCUCAUUUUGGGGAACUAUUUUAAAAUUGGGUCUUCAUACUUGGCUCUUGUUUGGUUAGUUUCUCCGGCAUUUGCAUAUGGAUUUUUUGAAGCAACGCUAGCCCCAGCCAGGUUGCCGAAGCCACUCAAACUAGCAACCCUAGUUCUAGGGUUAGCCACACCAAUUUUAAUUUCUGCUGGAAUUUUUAUUCGGCUUGCUGCUACAAUCAUAGGGGGUAUGGUUCGACUCGAUAGGAAUCCUGGCAGUACUCCCGAGUGGCUAGGAAAUGUUGUUAUUGCUGCAUAUAUUUCCGCUCUCUUGUCUUUGACCUUGGUGUAUCUUCUUUCAUAUGUCCAUCUUUCAGGUGCGAAAAGGACUAUCACCCUAGCUACUUUGGUGCUGUUUAGUUUAUCUCUCGCAGUUGUGUUUUCUGGUGCUGUUCCCCCAUUUUCUGAAGACACUGCCAGAGCUGUGAAUGUCGUACAUGUUGUGGAUGCAACAGGAAAACUUGAUGAAAGAGAUACUCCUCUAUCAUAUGUAUCUUUAUUUUCUACCACCCCUGGAAAUUUGAAUAAGGAGGUAGAACUGAUUGAUGAAAGUUUUGUAUGUGGUAAAGACAAACCUGUUGAUUUUGUUACUUUCUCGGUUAAAUAUGGUUGUCGGACAUAUAAUGGCAUUAAAAGUGGUUGGAGUGAGGCUGAUAUUCCUACAAUACAUGUCAAAAAUGAUGCUAAGGAAAAUGGAAGAAUUACACAAGUUUCAAUCAACACAAAGGAUUCUAUUCGGUGGGUUCUUGCUAUCAAUACCGAAGAAAUAGAAGAUUUCAAGCUUAUAGAUACCGUGAAUUCUGAAGAAUUGAUACCAGUGGACAAAAAGAGCGGUGUGGAUGGUUGGCACAUAAUUCAGUUUUCCGGAGGAAGGAAUGCACCAAGAUUGUUUGAUCUGACGCUUUACUGGAGACCAGGUUCAACACAAAGCACUGAUAAUGGUUUUCUCUUGAAACUUAGGACUGAUGUGAACAGAUUAACACCGAUAACUGAACAAAUUCUCGAAAAACUUCCUCGUUGGUGUUCUUUGUUUGGCAAGUCUACCUCUCCCUAUACCUUGGCUUUUUUUAGAAAUCUUCCUAUUAAUUUUUAA